CGGCUCUUAGUAGUGACGGAUCAGCCUCGCUCUGUAAUAUUUUUUCUUUUUCUUUUUACAAUUGUUUAGUGGGGAAAAAGGAAAAAAGAAAAAGAAGCGCAGUUAAGCCACAUCACACACAUCCGUCUCAAGUACAUUCUCGCUGAUUUUAUAUUAAUAUAUAUAUUUUUUUCUUUUUUUAAAUUCGGGCUUCUCGGAUAGCUAGCUAGCUAAUCAGCUAGCCGCAGCGAAUCGGGAUUGGUGGUUCGGCUAGCUGGCCAGCGCGAGCCGUAGCUAGCUAGCUAACCGUUUUAUUACUCAGCGAUACAACCUCGAGACAAGUCGGGACAAGGCCAGUCUCAGGGUUCACCAUACUCAAUGAGCGGACAGCGCAAUGUCCGAGCGCUCUGGGCAAACUGCAAAGGGGAAGGACGGCAAAACCAAGUAUGCGUCUCUCAACCUGUUUGACACCUACAAAGGAAAGACCUUGGAAGCACAGAAGCCUGUUGUUCCCCCCCGUCAUGGCCUGCAGUCUCUUGGUAAAGUUGCCUCCGCGCGGCGCAUGCCCCCCCCAGCCAACCUGCCCAGUCUGAAGGCGGAGAACAAAGGCAACGACCCCAACGUCUCGCUCGUCCCCAAAGACGGAACAGGAUGGGCAAGCAAGCAGGAACCUGCAGACCCAAAGAGUACCGAUGUAUUGUCAGCUCCGCAGCUGGAGUCGCAGUCACCUGCGGCUUCGCAGACGCCUGCAUCGACCCGGCCGAGAACCCCGCCAGCACCAGAGGCCCCGGGUUCAGCGCUGGCCGCAGGGGGAAGAUCCUGGGCUCAGGCCAGCGUUACUCAUGGAGCACAAGGAGAUGGUGGAAAGGGAUCAAGCCGACCGUCGCCAUUCUCUCGCGAGGAAUUUCCCUCCCUGCAGGCGGCCGGAGACCAGGACAGGGCUGGCAGAGACCCGGGCACUGCAGAUCAGUGGUAUGGGCCCGGACCAAGCCUCCGCCCCCAGAAUGUGACGAGUUGGCGGGACGGGGGGGGCCGCGCGCUGGCGAUGGCCCUGCCCGGAGAGGGGGCGGUGGAGGGCGGGGCCGGGGGCGCGGUGGUGAUGGAGGGGGCGGCUGGGGGAGGCCCGCCCCCCGCUCACCAGCAGCAGCAGCAGAACCCGCUCUCCCACGGGCCCCCUAGGAACCCCCCCGCCAACAGCCCCGCCCUGCCCCUGCCCCAGCCCCCCGUGGCCACCCAGUUCCCGGGCUACCGAGGAAUGAUGCCCCCCUUCAUGUAUCCUCCGUACCUACCCUUCCCCCCACACUACGGCCCCCAGGGGCCCUACAGGUACCCCCCACCUGCCGAGGCCCCCAGGUUCUCACGCUCACAGGGAGGGGCGGGGCCCGAUGGCAGGGGCACUGCGGGCCCCCGGGGAGGGGACACAGUCAAGCGCCCCUCCAUCCUCAAACAGGACGACCUGAAGGAACUGGACGAGUUGGACCACGACGGGGACGAGGGCUGGGCCGGUGCGCAUGAGGAGAUUGACUACUCCGCCAAGCUGAAGUUCAGUGACGAUGAAGGGGAGGAGGAGGCGGAAGAGGAGAGGACCGAGACCAAGAACUGCACCCGUGAAGUGAGGGAGCAGCCUCGGUCCCAGGAUGCAGUGGGCUCUGCCCCUGCCGCACGCUCCCGCACUGCCGACAUCGGAGGGGACACCCGCCGCACCCCUCCCUCCUCCGAAGAUGCCCCCCUGCCCCCCUCUGGCAAGCCAGGCUGGACUGAGGAAGGGGCGGGCAGCUGGGCAGCUCAGGGUCGGAGGGCUGGGAUGGGGGGCCCGCGGGAGCAACCCUCCCCCCCACCGGGGCCUCUCCUAGGCCAGGCUCCCUACUCCUACUACAGACAGGACCGGCCCUCGGGUGGCGCGGCGGUGUCCCCGGGCCCCCCGGGGGCCCCCCAGCGGCCCACCGCCUCCCCCAGCCUGCUGCAGCAGCAGGGCCAGCCCCCGGCGGCCGGCCCCGCCCCCAGCCCCACCCUCGCCCCGCCCCAGGCCGAGGACGAGGACGAGACCUGGCGACAGCGGCGGAAGCAGUCGUCGUCAGAGAUCUCGGCGGCGGUGGAGCGGGCGCGGCGCAGGCGUGAGGAGGAGGAGCGGCGCAUGGAGGAAGAGCGGCGUGCGGCCUGCGCGGAGAAGCUCAAGCGGCUGGAUGAGAAGCAGCAGCAGCUGCAGCAGCAGCAGCUCCAGCAGGGCGGCGCCAAACCCGACAAUGGCAGCCCCAGCCCCGCCCUGUCCGUCUCCGCGUCCUCCCCCGCCGCCAGCCAGCCACCCUCCCCCUGCGUGGACUCCGACGAGCCCCCGCCCGUGCCCCCCUACGCCGGCACGGGGGCGGGGCCAGGAGCAGCGAGCACGGCAGCCAAUAGGCAGAGGGCGGGCAGCAACAGUAGCUAUGACUCCAACGCUGAUUCCCAGCAGGGUCCCGCCCCGCCCGCACCCCAGCCCCCGGACGCCCCCGUGCCUGUGGAGGUGAAGGAGGAGCCCGUCCGGGCCGGAGGCUCCGUGGACACGGGGAAGUCGGAGAGUUUGGGAGGGGGAGCGGGUCGUCCCUCUGGCGGCGCACCCAGUCAGGGAUACUCCAAAUACCAGAAGUCUCUGCCUCCCCGCUUCCAGAGGCAGCAGCAGGAGCAGCUUCUCAAACAGCAGCAGCAGUGGCAGCAGCAGCAGCAGCACAGCCAGGCUGCGCAGAACGCCCUGGCAGCCCAGCCCCAGGCCCCACAGGGCCCCUCUCCUGGCGCUCCGCCACAGUCUGCGCCCAAACAGCCCCCCCUGUACCCGCCCGGCUCCAUGGGCCGCCCUCCGCCCCUGGCCAUGAACUUUGACCCCCGCUGGAUGAUGAUGUCCUACAUGGACCCGCGCAUGAUGCAGGGCCGCCCGUCGCCCAUGGACUACUACCCUCCCAGCAUGCACCCCUCCGGACUCAUAGGCCGGGAGCGGUCCGAUUCUGGAGGCUCGGGGUCGGACCCCUUUGACCGGCAGCAGCCGCACCCAGGACCCCCCCAUACUCACCGCGGGACGCCCCCCAUGGACCCAAAGCUGGCCUGGGGGCCGGACGUGUUCCCAGCUGUGGCAGGAGAGGGACGUGGCCUCGGGUCACCCCUGAGGCAGAAGCAGCCGCACGAGGAAGACGAGGGUGGAAAAGGGCUGAGGAGCGACACGCCCCCUGCGCACCGCCUGCGAGAGGGCGGGGCAGGUCCCAUCCAGCAGCCCAGCGUGGCCCCCAGCUCUCCAUCGGGCUCCUCGAACCAGACGCCCCCUCCGCCCCACGCCCCGCAGGGAGGCGGUGGCCAUCACCCCCCUCAUCACCAGUCCUUCCUGGGGGGCCGGAGCAGCUACAGCGCCUUCCCCGAGAGUGCCCCCCGUGCUCCCCCCCAGCAGCGGGGCGGCGGGGGCGGCCUGCACGGCUUCAGCCACCCUGACGACGUCCCGCGUGGCGCCCAGCAGGGCCAGAUCUGGGGGGCCCCCCACCCCCACUACGACCGCAACGGCCGCUCCGACCUCUCCCCCCUGGAGGGCAACCCCCACCUCCACCAGCACCACCCCCAUCACCCCCACCCCUCCCACUUCCCCCUCCACCCUCACAAGGCGGAGAACGGCAGGGAGAGAGGGGGGGAUGCGAAGAAAGGCGACCCCUCGCCCCCGCUCCACCAGCCCAGCCUGUCCUCCUCCUGCUCCUCCUCUUCCUCGUCCUCAUCCUCUGCUCGGGACGAUGGCAGCGGCAAGCCACCCCUGCACCACCUGGCCCCCCAGCAGGAGCACGAGGCGGGGACAGGGGGUGGUGGGGGCAGAAGGCCCGAAAAACCGGGUGGCCACCCCUCUCAUCCGCCCCUCCAGCAGCAGCACCCCAAACCCGGCCAGCGCGGGCGGGAGCACAAGACUGAGACACAGUGGGGGCCACGGCCCGGCAGCAGCAGCGCGGGCGGCAGGAAGCCGGGCGGCGGAGCAGGCGGGGGCAUGCUGGACGAUCCCGCCAAUCCCGCCGAGAGCAAGCCCUCCACACAGCCAGGGGGGGCUAGUGUCGGCAAGAGAGCCGGGCCGAUCAAGAGGCCAGUGCUGAAGGAGAUGAAGAGAGAGGGAGGGGAAGGAGAAGGAGGAGAGAAGGCAGCGGGGGGAUCGGGGAAGGACAAAGAGCAGGACGGCCACCAGCCCUCGGCCAAGCAAGACACAGCCUCGGGCCCCCAGACCACCUCCGCACCCUCCGGAAAGGACGAUCCGCCCCAGGUGGCGAAACCCAGGAACGGAGGGAAAGAGCGGGUGUCGGGAGGAGGAUCGGGCAAAGGGCCCAAAGACGGCGAUGCCUCUGCCUCCUCCCAGGGCUACUCCGCCCCCGCUUCUCGUCGGGGAGACCGCGAGCGCUCCUUUGAAAGGGGAGGUGGUGGCGGGGGCGGUUCCUACCACCACCCUGCUCCCCCGAGGGGCAGCAGAGCCGGCCGCGCCAGAGGGGAGUUCUACGGGAGAGGCCGGGGCUACAGGGGCACCUACACAGGCAGUGGAAGCGGGGGUGGCAGCAGCAGUCGCGGCCGUGCUGGAGGCAGGAGCAGUCGAGACUACAGAUCGACAGCGAGCAGCAGCUACCACCACAGUACCCAGGAUUGCCUGAAAGGGGAACCUGCCGCACCGGGCGGCAGGCACAGCCAGGGGGUGUCCCAGCUGAACCCGGGACGUGCCAGGAACCGCAGCGAGACCAGGAGCGAGGGGUCUGAGUACGAGGAGGUCCCAAAACGCCGCCGGCAGAGGGGGUCAGAGACGGGCAGCGAGAGCGCGGCCAGCGACCUUGCCCAAUCCGACAAGGAGGACAGGAAGCAGCAGCCCAAGAACGGCAGUGGCGCGGACAAUCCCACUACUGCCACCACUGGCCCCACCCCCGGCAUGCAGCCCAGAGCCACGCAGGCCCGCGUCUUCACCCCCCGGGGUGUCCCGUCGCGGCGCGGGCGAGGGGGCGGCUCAGGAGGCGGAGUCUACAGGAGCGGGGGCGGUGGAGGAGGCGGGGUUUCAAGCAGUCAUCGAUCGGGGUCCGGCUCCAGCUCCCACGGCUGGACCGCCAAAUCCUCCUCUGCCCGAAAGCAGCAGGUCCCCUCGCAGCCCUCUCCCCCCAAAGACGUGGGCCGCGGGGGCAGCGGAGAGAAGAAGGACAAGGCCACCGACUCGGGGCACGCCCAGAACCAGAGCGCAAACCCCGCCCUAUCCUCCACCCCCACUGCCCCUGCCACCGCCCCCCAGGGCUCCUCUGAAAACGGAAGCGCGGGAGCGCAGCUUUCUGCAGCCAACCCCCUCCCUAACUCGACGGGCGCGGCCCCCGCCCUGCCCCCGCCCUCCUCGGCACCAGACGGCCGCAUCUUUCCCCCCCGCAGCUUUGAGCGCCCCCCACGCCGGCGCCGCCAUGGCCGCUCCCAGCACCAACAGGACAAGCCCCCCCGCUUCCGCCGGCUGAAGCAGGAGCGAGAGAACGCCCGCAUCAACGGCGGGGGCGGCGGGAUCCCUGCAGCAGGGGGCCCGCAGCAGCGCCCCGCCUCCCCGUCCCACAACUCCCUGCAGGACACGGACGGCACUCCCAACGCGACGACGACCAACACCGGCACUCUCAAUGCAAACCAUACCGUGGCAGCAAGCAACAGCGGCAGCAACAGCGGCGGGCACCUCGCAGCGGGGACCCCCAACCUGAACAGCCACCACCACCACCACCACACGCCGGCCGCUAACCCCCAGGGCCACCCCCAGCACCACCACAACCACAACCCAGCAGGGGGCGCCAAGUCCCCUGACAUCUCCAAUCAGAAUUCAGACCAGGCCAACGAGGAGUGGGAGACGGCCUCGGAGAGCAGCGACUUCGCCUCGGAGUUCCGGGAGAGGGAGGGCGGCGGGAGGGGCGGGGGAGGGGGGCGGUCCUACCACCACCACCACCCCUCGGGAAGAGGAGGAGGAGGAGGAGGGGAGCGAGAGAUGACCGCGAAAGAGUCCGCGGCCAACAAGAGGAGCUUCUCCAGCCAGCGACCCGGGAUGGAGCGGCAGAACCGCAGAGUGAAUGCGGGCGGAGGAGGGGGAGGGGGCGGGGCCAGGGGCCCCCGGGGCCCACCCGGCGGAGGCGGAGGCAGCGGCCCUGGCAACGGAGGCGGUAACCGUGGCGACAGGCGGGGAAACUGGUCCUCGCCCAAAAACCGGAAGUGAAAUGAAAUUUUUUUGGAAACAUUUCAGUUUCAUCCCCUUUCUUCCCCUCCCCCCAUCUUCAUAUUAGCACAUUAUUGUACAUUCUAUAUAUAAGGAGACAGCAUACACGCUCACCCUGCCUCCAUCUCCUCUCUCAUCUCUCUUGCCCGUUUGUAAAUUCACCCUCUGCUCCCGUCACGCUCACCUCUGUCCCUUUGUCCCUCACCCCUCUCUUUCUGUUGGAUAUUAAAAAAAAAAACGGCCUCAAUCAGUUUUGAAUGCAAACAUCCUUUUGCUGAAACAAAAUCAAAGUUUGCAUAUACAAGCACAAAACAAACACAGAGCAGACGACACCCUGGUAUACAUGCAAAACGUGGUAUGUGGUCGCGUCGAGAGUAUCGGCAUAUGAGUGUUCAGACUCAGACACUUUCAGAGUAGGCCAAUGUUUGUAUUUAUGUACUUGUAUAUUUAUACCACAGUUGGGGCUGGGGGUGGCAUUUCAGACGGCAGUUCUGCGUAGUUCCUUUAAGGGGAGGGGGGAGGUUGUGUAUUUUAACAAAAGCAAUUGUACAUUAGAUUUUCUUCCCCCUCCUUUUUGUGUUUUGUUUUUGCCUGCAAUUUUCAAUUCAAAUUUAAACCUCAGAAAUGUUUGGGGUGUGUAAUCUUUUUCUUUCCUUUUUUUUGCUGCAAAGCAGGUCAUUAAAAUAUCUUUUUGUACAACGCCCUUAUCUUCUCAGUUUCUGACCUCUCACAACUCCGUCUAUAAUUACUGUGAUUACCAACUUACCAACCUUAUUUAAAUACUACUGCUGACCCACACUCACAUUGAUUUGGGUUCUAACGUCAUUGUCUUGCUGCUUGUUUAAAAAUAUGGCGUGGUUAAGUUUGCUGACCUGCUCUCUUCUCAGUCUUUGGUUCCCCUUGGUCCUGUUAGGGUUAUUCUGAUUUUCAACAUGCAGUGAUUCGAUUGUACAUGCAAAAAAUACUUCUCUGAAAAGAAAAGGUUCUCUCUCAUCGCAGGGUUUUUCUUUACUUUACCCCAAGACUUAAGUUUAUCUUAAGUGUUUUCUAAGUGUACAGAACAUGUCCUCACAUGACUCCCAUGUUGAUUAUUUCAAUAUUUGUAAUUCCUUCUUAGAAUAAAUGUUGUCUGAGAUGAAUUGAUCACAUUUUUCCAUAUGAACACUGAAGGAAGGGAUCUCGCUCAUUUGUUGUUUCGAGACAAGUGUCUGUAGUGAGAAGUUUUCUUUUAAGAGAAUUAUUUUUUGCUCUUGGUGUAGGUUGGUCCACUAUAAACACUCCCGUAGUGGCAAGAGGCAUUUGGCUGUGUGUGUGUGUGUGUGUGUGUGUGUGUUUUUUAAUGCCUGCCAGAAAGUUUGUAGUAUGUAUUGAGCAAAGUUACUUUGUGUAGCAUAUGUGAUAUUCUGGUCUAGUGGAGCCGACAUGGGGCCCGUGUGCUUGAGUAUUGUAGUGUUACUACACCGACUCUGCAGACUUGGUAGACAGUUUAGGGAGGUGCUGUACUAGCGACCGCACUGUGCUGUAGAACAUCCCCUUCCAUUUCAGCCAAAGCAGAAUGUUUUACUCUUUUUUUUCCUCCGUUUCUGGUGUGUGGACGGUGUGAACAUGUCAGCUGGGCUCUGUGCAUGGCUGGGCUGUAUCUGUGGCCGUGAAGACAGCACAGUGUCUCGCUGCGGGACUGUCGGGCAGAGACGGCCGUUAUGGCGAUGGGUCACAUGAUCUGUUCUCAACAAAUCUGCCAGACAGAGCUUUGCGUAGGAAAUCAAUGGCUUUAAAAAAAAAAAAAAAAAAAAAACCUUCCCUACUACUCAGACAAUGUUAAUAAAGCAGAUUUUGGCUGGUAAGGUGAGGAACACUGUCACACUAAUGGACACACAGGUGCAUGCACACACACGCGUAUAUACACACACACACAUACGCGUACACUCACACACACACGGCUUCUUGGAAUGAGAAAGAAAGGGCAACAUCCAGGUUUAAACAGUUUAAGCGCUUGUUUUUUUGUGAGUCUUUGUUUCACCGCUGUAAGUUGGGGUUUCUCUGUCGUCUGGAAGAGCUUACAAUUGGAGGGUAGUGUUUUGGGAUGUUUGUGGGUGCAUUUGAGUGUGUGUGUGCGCGCGCGCCUGUGUGGGUGUGUGAAUCUGAGUGUUAAUAUGCGACGUCCUCUUGGGAGGAGCAUGUACCUUUCCUCACCCUUGGACAAUUCCCCCCCCCCAGUUUUUCUUGCCUAUAUACAUUCUACAGGCGUGUGUAUAGGUGUAACCAAAUGAACAAUUUCACACGACUAACAGAGUGUUUGCUCAGCGUUGCUCAACUGACAUUUUUUUUAUUAUUAUUCUUCAAGAAACUUUAAGGGGGAAAGUAAGAACAACUGAAGUGGGUAAUGCUCCUCUUCACAGCGCAUGAACUGAACCGGAGAUUAACGCUGGUCUCUGAAACAACAGUCCAAGCAGAUACACUGUUGUUCUUCAUGUGGUUCCACUUGUACAGUUUCUAAGUGUUCCUCUAACUCUCAGAAGGGUCUCAAGGUUGACUUGCUCAUACUGUAUGCGCCCGUGUUCAAAAACGAAGUAUAUUCCUCUUUUAAAACUCAAAGAUUGUACUAUAUUUCCGGCAUUACCAAGGUACCUGGAGAGGUUUGAGCUGUUAUAACAUUAUGGUUUAUAAAUGGAGACUGUAAUAUACACACACGUAUGUAUAUUGGUAUGUAUUCGAGUUCGUCUACCCCAACUUACAUUCCCACACAUAAAUGUUGCCAUUUUUUUAAGUUCAAGGGAGCAAUGUACAAGCAGAGAAGUGUCUUAUAAUAAAAAAUUAUACA